AUGUAUAUUCCAGGGAUGAGGCCCCGAAUGUUUUCGACAUCUGUCGAGAUUGACCUGGAAACUGCCGCUGAUAAAUUUAGCUCAAAUGAGGGGUGCAAGGACAAGAAUCUUGUAAAAAACCUCAAAAAGGCCAGUCGGCUUUGGAUUGCUCUUGCCGCCUGCGUGAUCUUUGUGUUUGUCUUUUUCUCUACACCCCUCUAUCGCUCGCCUAAACCACCCACAACUAAGACAACCACAACAGUGACACCACCUGAAUCCUCGUCUGGUAGAUCCGAGGCACAAACAGCAGUGAGCCAGCGCGUUGGAGGCCACCGUCAGCCUGUUGCGGCUCUCGACAUGCUGCACACGAGCAACUCCUUGGCACAUCAAAAUAUGACCCCUGGAUCCGGGGCCAGGCAUCCCUUACACGAAACUCAAUAUGAUCACGAAGAAUGGGAAUUCGAAGAGGCAGAGGAUGAUGAGAGUGAAGAUGCCCAUGGAUACCUGCACGAUGAAUAUGAUGCAGAAACUCAUGAACAUCUUGCAGACACUCAUCCUGAAUACGGUUUAGAUCAUAGUAGCGUUUUUGACGAAGUGAAACAGCACCCUGAUGAACCAGAAUACAUCGACAUCUGGGACGGUGUUACCCACGAAGAUCUGCAUCUCUCUGCGGGUAUUCCUGGCCUGAGGACACCACUGUAUCGCUUGCCGUUCGUUGAUGGGCAACACAACAACACCCAUGUGAUUGGUGCGCAUUCCAAAAAUGUUCUUUUUCCUAAAUAUUUAGCAGUCAGUAGUGGAAGGAGAGCUCAAAAAAUAUCUGGGACCUACAAAAUGUACAUGAUUCAAGAUGGCAGGCCAAAACCACACCUCAAUCAUGGCAGACUUAUCUGGCAGAAGGAGGGCGAAGCGUCUUCCAUGUUUUUAUACUACGACCACAUGCACCAUACAUGGGUGUUCAACGAACAACUGGACUUGCAGCACCCACAACCCGUAGCCUUUCUUGCACACGGAGCAAUACUACCAAUCAGCAAGAAGAAUGACGGCACGUUUAGAAAGUUUGGAGCGCCAGAGAGUGUUCACUGGAUCGUUAGAGACCCAGCUACUGGAGGGUCUCGUCCUGAUGGUUCAAUCAAAGUUGAGGCCGAUCCCACUCGCAGAAGUAGUCAGCAUCUGCAGGCCCUUUUGUUGCAGAAAGUGUAUCAUGCUCCUGAGGAUGGGUCUCUUGAAACUGGUGACAUCGAUGAUUUUGAACUGUUCGAAGAGGAACACGCGGAUGAAGAUGACGACGAAGACGUGCCAUUAGACGAGCACGGAGAACCAAUCGCUCUCCCCAUAGGGGCUCGGAGCUUUCAGCAAUUCGUUACACACGUUAGGACUAAUGUGUACCAUACAUUUGAUUCCUUGCAUCCCCGGUAUAAUCACGACGAGAUACUUAAGGAUCCCGUUGCGUUUGUCGAAACAAAUCCACACCCCGACAUGGUAGGCCCAGAACGGCUGGACGGAUACUCUAAUGAAACCGUACCCCAUCCUUUAAGGAAGCAGGUACAUUAUGAAGAGGAACCCUAG